AUGGUUACUAUGGCCACAUCGGCGGCGGCGGUGGCGGCGGUGAUGUCGGGUCCGGGUCCGGUUCCGAGUCCAGCCCCGGCGCGAGCUGCCCCGAGACAGCAUCCCGCGGCACUGAUUGCAUUCGAGUCUCCCGAAAGGCGUCGCGCCUUUGAAUUUUACCGCCGUUGCGCGGUGCCCGUCUUGGACGGCAUAAGCGGUGGCGACUUUUGGGGAGGCGUCGUGCUCCGGCUAAGUCUGACAGAGCCGGUCGUGCGUCAUGCGCUGCUCGCCGUAAGCGGCUUCAUGGAGUUUGCCAUGGCCGCAGAUUCGUCACGGCAUCUGCAGCAGAGAAAUGCCGGCUUCCAAGAGUACGGCAAGGCCAUCUUUGCCUUGAGGACGUGGGAUUCGGAGAGUCGCUCGGCCGUCAUCCCCCUCCUCGUUUGUCUCCUUUUCACCUGCAUCGAAUUCCUCCUGGAACAGGACGCAGCCUCCCAGCUUCACAUUUGCCAGGGACGCAAGAUCUUGUAUGACUUGUGCGCCUCUCACUCGUUCGGCCUCGAUAUGAUCAGGACCGAGCUCGUCCCGAUAUACACGCGGCUCAGUCUUGCCAGCUUCUUCUUCGGCAGCCGUCCCGUGCCGAUCCCGCGCCAUCUCAAGGGGACCAAGACGAUUCCAUCGGUGCUGACGUCCAUGACCGAGGCGAGAACGCACCUGUACUUUCUGAUAGACGAAGCGCUGCGAUUCAGCACGCAGGCGAAACCCACCAUCCACACCCGAGCGCCCGCCAUGGGUGAUUUGCACGUUCUCGGAGCCCUUCAGCAGGACCUGCUGUCGCGCCUUUCUCACUGGAACACGGCGUUUGCCGUUCUCGCCACGACAUGUGCGCGACCGCCGAAUGAUUUGGCGGCGGCGGCGGCGGCGGCGCAGAGUCUGCUUCGCAUCUACCACCUGGCCGCCGUCGUGUGGACGUCGACGGCGCUGCAACCGCAUGAGACGGCAUACGACGCCCACCUCGCCGCCUUUUCUUCCAUCGUCUCCCACGCGACCUUCAUUCUCCGCUGCCGGGCACCGCCGUCGAGGCUCCCUUCGUUCACGUUUGAAACCGAGCUGAUCCCACCCCUCUACUGGACUGCAUCCAAGUGCCGCCACCCCUUGCUCCGUCGGGCUGCUCUGCGACUCCUGAUGAACGACCAGCUCAAGGACAGACGUGAAAACCUGUGGCACGGCCAGGAGACCAUUGCCGUAGCCGCGAGGGCGAUCGAGAUGGAAGAGACCAAGCUCAAACUACGGCAAAGCGUCGGCGUCGACGCCAUGCCGGAACCCGAACUCGAUGCCGUGCCUCCGGGCCUCGUCGACGGCCAUGGCCUGAUGCCACCGACGCAGCCGCCAGGAAUGGCAACGCUCGCGCUCGAUCGAGUGGCGCGGGUGCGAGGAGAAUUCGACGAAAGCAGUCGACAGAAGCGCCAUCCCUCCGUGUCUUCUUCGCCGUCGACGUCGAUUCCUGUCGACAGUCACACCACUGUUGUUACGACAGCGGCCAUGAACGACACGCGGCUACAUUCCCCAUACGGUAUCCCGGAAAACCGACGGAUCAAGAUCAUGACGAUUGGGCAGAGGGAGAAGGAUGGCGUCUGGAUCACCGUAGUCAGGUAUCCGAUACAUGGCGAGACGAGCUGGAACGUCAUCAAGGAGCUCCUGCGCCUGCCGGCGGUGGCGAGCAACGGCGGGCGAGUAGGGUAA